GGGACUCGGGCUCGCGCAGAGACGGGGCGGGCGGCGGCGGCGAUGCGGAGCCUCUCCCGGCGGGGCCAGCAGCACCGGGCGGGCGCCUAGGCUGGGGCGGCGGCGGCGACGAGGGGCUCCGGCUGCGCUCUGAGCGGAGAAGCCGAGGGCGGGAGAGGCGGCCAUGGCGGCCUCGUCGGGCUCUUCGGCGCCCGGCCCCGUGUGGUGCUGCCUGCGCUGGGCCUGCUGCGGAGACGCCGGCGGCGGACAUAUCGCCCUCAAGGAGAUGCCGCUGGUGCAGCUGGACACGCACAGGAUGGGUAAGCGGAGGCGGGCGAGGCCCAGUCCGGGGCGAAGGCGGGCUGCGAACACAGAGAGCACGAUUAACACCCCCCCCCCUUUUCAAACAAGAGCGACUGCAGCGAGCCUGGGGCUGAGGCAAGAUGUCUCUGCCCCCGUCAGCCGAAAGCCCGACGCUCCCCUCUGGGCCUCACUGCCUCCCACAGCACAGCUAAGGGAUGGUGGGAGCUGUAGAACAACAACAUAGUUGAGAAAGGCCGGUAGAUUUUAGCAAUACUAUUUAAUGCUAGACUAGAGUGAGUAACCCUUUGAACACCCACCACCACCCCAGAGGGGAGGACACACAGCCCACCUGGGGAAAUGCUUCUGCUAUAUAUUUUCUCUCAACUGCAAAAGGUGCUGGUCUGGGAGAGACAACGAUAAUUUCCUCCCAUAAAUUGUUACCCACCCUGCCAUUUCAGUUGGGAAAUAAAUUCUUCCUUUUAUUUUCCGCCUUCUUCCAAAGCUUAGCAGAAGAGCAGUGGCUACCUUGUUAUCUUAUUUAUUUAAUUUUUUAUUUCUUUAACUUCUACACUGCCCUUCAUCUGUAAAUCUCAGGGCAGUUCAAAACCUUUCACUCGCAGUCGUAACAUCUGGUCAGAAUCCUAUUAAAAAAUAGGUUUGAUUAGCAAGAAAAUUAAGUGGAUGCCAAUAGUUGAUUCAGCCUUGACUCCUCUUGCAUACCAGGCUGUGUACAGUGGUACCUCGUGUUGCGUAACCUCAAGGGUGCGGAAUCUUUGGGUUAUGGCCGCGGCAAACCCAGAAGUGUAUACUGAAUCAAAUUCUUUGCUGAACUUCAAAUAAACUGAAUCUACUGCAUUUUUCUGGUCUGGAGCACUAAGCAUCAUCUCAUUUCUAUUUUCAUCCACAUCUUUACUUUGUUCUUUGAUCUAAGGUAGCAGAAGGGAAUCUGUGAUUACCCAGGUGUUCAUAGAAUCAUAGAACUGGAAGAAACCACAAGGGUCAUCUCUAGCUCAACCCCCGGCAAUGCAGAAAUCUUUUGACCAACGCGAGGCUUGAACCCACAACCCUGAGAUUAAUACUACAAGUUUGAGAAUCUCAUAAUCCCUGACCACUGACCAUGCUGUCUGGGGCUGAUGGGAGAUCUGAUCUGGAGGGCCAGAAAUUCCCUAUCUCUGACCGUGGCAGGUUUGAGAUAAUGGGGAUAAAACAAAAGGGGUAGUCAUUUGAGCAUCUAUUUUCUCAACUGUGGGGUAGGCAAAUCAAAAAUGUACCAGUACCACACAGAUCCAAGACACACUUUCUAGAUCCUUCUGAAAGAGAAAUUAGGAAGGUUGCAUAAGGAAGAAAAGAUGUCAACUGAACUGUAGUGAUAAUCAAAACAAAAACAAACGGGCACAUAACUUCUUUCACUGCCCUGGCAGCUAAGUUUUUGAUACUUUCACUCUUGAUUUGAAAGAUAAAGUAGGAACUCCUGCUUUCCAUUACUUCCCCAUCCAUGUUUUUUCUAGGGAAACAUAUUUCACAACCUGGGGACUGCUUCACACUUAUUGAAUUUCAUACUCUGAAGUGAUGUCUGUGUGUGCUCCCUUGUGUGACAACUCAAAACACCUCUUUCACAGCAUGAACAUUAAAACAUGAUUGCAAAUAUAUGCUUUUUCUACUUUUUAUAUGUGGUAGGAGCAAUCAGGAUUCAUUCACUGCUGGAGUGUAUAUAUGUUAAAUGCUAUAAAAAAUAUAAAAAAUUUCCUUCCAGUAGUAUCUUAGAGACCAACUAAGUUUGUUAUUGGUAUGAGCUUUCGUGUGCACAUACCAAUAACAAACUUAGUUGGUCUCUAAGGUGCUACUGGAAGGGGGGGGGGAAUUAUUUUGUUUCGACUAGAGCAGACCAACAGGGCUACCUACCUGUAACUAGAGCUACAAAAAAUAAUUGUGUAAAUGUCAUGUGAGUAACCACAGGUCUUCUUCAUAUCCAGGAGUGUCUGUCCGGCAUAUCAGGUUUCCAUGAUCUUGGAUUAAAUAAAUGCAGAUUAUAAUAGGACAACUAAUUUUUGCCCCCUUCUGUUAUAAAACAAUGUGAAUUAUUGCUGAACAGAGUGUGAGGAAAAUCUAAGGACAAAACUGGAGUUAUACUGGGAACUGGUUUUUCUCUAUCAAGAGGUGUUUCAGUCUCUUUGGAUUUUGAAUACUUAACUGGAAUUAAUUUAGAGUAAGCAUCAACCUUGUCUUGUUUUGGGAGAGUGCAUGGAUUUAAUUCAUAGACUAAUGAAACUCCUUAGAAUUUUACAGUUUAAAAUUAAAGUAAUUCAAGGGCAUCUCUAAUCCUUAACACACUAUCACACAGUAUAAAGACUGGGCAGAAACUGUAACUCCCUUGGCUUCCCAGGGCUUGUCCAUGGUGGAAUUUAAUGUGGAUUUGAAGCUUCUUGGAUUUUCUAAUAAAUCCAACAGCAACAGCCUCACAAUAACCUCUAUCCAAGUGGCAGCCUGCGCUCCUCCCACCCACACCAAAUAAGGAUUUCCCCACAGUUUAAGGCUACAUUCUUAAACAUAUUUAUAAGGUAGAAAGACACAAUGAACAUAGUAUGACUUGGUUCCGACUAGAUAGGCAUAGGACUGAGCUGCAUAGCUGCAAUCCUAACCAUACUUUUAAAAAAAAUUGUGACAAAAACAGAAUAACAAUAAAGAGGGGACAUGUCUCUUGAAACUUGUUUUGUCUUUUUAAAAUUGUUUCUGUCUUUUGGGUUAAUUUUCCCAUCAAUGCAAUUAUCCAAGUUUGCUGGUAUCAUUCAUAUAGCAAAUUAUCUUUCUGUAAAUCUUUCUGCCUUCCAGCUAUUGUCAAGCAUGCUGCUGAUAGUAAGAAUUUUAAUAAGUUCUUGCUUAAAUGGGAGCAAGUUUCUCUGAAAUCAGUUGGACUUAUUUCCAAACAUACUUGUUCAGAAUUGUGCUGCAUGUCUUAAAUGGAAGUUCAGAAUGUUUCAGUUUGAUGCUUUUAAUUCUGCAGGAACAGAUGUUGUCAUUGUCAAAAAUGGACGACGAGUAUGUGGUACGGGAGGCUGCCUAGCCAAUGCUCCUUUGCAUCAGAACAAGAGCUAUUUUGAGUUUAAAAUCCAGUCUACAGGUCAGUCAAAAAGUUAACGCUCGCAAAAAUUCAUCAUGUUUUGCUCAGAUUGGAUUCAAAUCGCUGAGUAAAAUCCACUGUUGCAUGAGCAGGCUCCUGCUCACACCCUGGGACUUCAUCCUCCUCUCGCCUUCCAUCUUGUGGCCCCUUACUGCUCAAAUCUGAGAAUCAUAGAUUUAUAUGAAGGAGAGCCAACAAACUGAAGCUCAAUCCAGAUAAGACUGAGACAUCGUUAGUGGGCAGUUUCCUAGACCAGUUAAGGACUUUUACUGUUUUCAUUAAAUUAUUCACACCAGGAUAGCAGUUCACCAGAUAAUUUCUAAUGUAGCUAUUGCAAUAAAGUUAUUUUUUUCCAGGGAGGUGUCACGAAGUCAGCUCCUUGCUAAGGGUGCAAGGUAUCCUAGAGAGGCUUCCACUGGUUCAGUCCUAGCACCUCCACUUAAAGUGUCAGAUUGCCUGAGACUUUGGAGAGCCAUUGCCAGUCAGAGUAGAACCAGUUGGAGCCCUUGUUAGCCAUGUUGAUUUGCAAAAUGCUUUGCUGGCAACCAAGGGUUCCUUCAGCUUCCUUAGGGAGCCAGGUUGCAGCACCUCAUUGCCCAUAAUUCAGUGUAGUUGGGACCAGUUCAAGAUGAGGGUUCAUUAAAAAAAAUGGCAAGGGCUUUUAAAAGGGUUCUGUUGCAGUUAAGCAGGGGCGGGAAGAUAAAGGUUUGGUUUGACUUCCUGAUCAAUAUAUGCUCAUUAUUUCACCUACUAUCAUGACAUAGCACAGUCAGUUGUGUGUGGAAAUAAGCUACUUGGGCAAGGCUGGGGGAACGUCUUGCAAGUUCCCCCAGCUUUGCCCAUUUCCACUGUACUACACUAAAGUACAUUCUCUCUCUCUCUUCUCACUUCUCCCAUGGCUGUGCCAUUCCAUUUCACCCCUCGCCAUGUAUUCAGGAAUCUGGGGUAUUGGUGUUGCGACUCAGAAAGUCAAUUUGAAUCAAAUUCCUCUUGGGUGUGAUGUGAAUAGUCUAGUACUGAGAAAUGACGGAGCUCUGUACUACAAUAAUGAUGAGAAGAACAGGUUGCCAGCAAACAACCUUCCACAAGAGGGUGAUAUUGUGGUGAGUUUCUUUCAGUAUUGCUUAUAUGAAUCUGACGAGAAUUGAUGGUGUUUCCUCCAAGCCAAAGCUAACUUCAAAGCAGAUGUGAUAAUCUCUGCUAUAUAUAUGUGAUAAUCUCUGCUAUAUUUGCAACAACAGAGUCCAGUUAAGCUGGUCUUUAUGUAAAGUUGGACUUUAAUACAGAACCCCAAGGUCCUUAAAAGGAACCUGUUGUUGCCAUAAUUCAGGCCAAAGGAAGAGCACACAUUCAAUCAAAUUUAAUUCAUAAUAAUAAAUCUAUGGCCUUUACAAUGUGGUGGAGUGCGUGGGUUUUUAUGCAUUUUGUGUCAUUUGUAUUUUUAUGUUGUGAACCACCCUGUGAUAUUUGAAUGAAGAGUGGUAUACAAAACAAACAAACAAACAAACAGGGCUGUGGGUACUUGACGUAGUGGGGUAUUGGAUGUAAGUAGCUCCCUGAAAAUGUUCAUAUUUUUAAAGUAAGUUUGUAGCUCUUAUAGCUGUGAAGUUAAUGUUGAAAUGUCCACAACAUUCAGAAGUAAAAUAAAUAAAAGUGGAGUCUAAAUGUCACAUUUGUGUUACAGGGAAUUACAUAUGACCAUGUAGAACUAAAUGUUUAUUUGAAUGGGAAAAAUAUGCACUGUCCAGCCUCAGGAAUUAGAGGAACUGUCUUCCCUGUGGUAUAUGGUAAGUUUGGGUUCUCAGGACUUAUUAACACUUUGACCUCCCUACUACACAGCUUCCUAUUUUCCACAUAGACCAAUAUUCUGAGAAUGGGCUUAUAUUUUAAUAGAACAUUCCUACCCCCAGUGUGGGACGCGGGUGGCGCUGUGGGUAAAACCUCAGUGCCUAGGACUUGCCGAUCGUAUGGUCAGCGGUUCGAAUCCCCGCAGUGGGGUGAGCUCCUGUCUUUCGGUCCCAGCUCCUGCCCACCUAGCAGUUCGAAAGCACCCCUAAGUGCAAGUAGAUAAAUAGGUACCGCUUUAUAGCGGGAAGGUAAAUGGCGUUUCCGUGUGCUGCGCUGGUGCUGGCACACCAGAGCAGCUUCGUCACGCUGGCCACGUGACCCGGAAGUGUCUUCGGACAGCGCUGGCUCCCGGCCUCUUAAGUGAGAUGAGCGCACAACCCUAGAGUCGGACAUGACUGGCCCGUACGGGCAAGGGUACCUUUACCUUUACCUUACCCCCAGUGUAAGAUUCCUUGUAGUCUCUAGGGUGGUCUGGUGGAGAGUUGGACAACAGCUUUUCAGAACAUCCACUUGAGACUUGUUGAUCAAGAACUUGGACCGAUGGCCAUAGCUGCUAUUCUUUUCUAACCAUGGAAGAUUCUUAUCAUUGCUCUGCAUAAUCAUAAGGACGAAAGGUGGUGGUUCCUUUGGGAUUUAGGCCACAUCAUCUUUUUCCCCUGCCUUAACAACAACAAAAAGUAGUUCUUUGUGCUCAAAUGGGUAGUGCUGGGUGAAUUUUCUUAUUAUGCAAAGGUAAUUUGUUAUUAAGUGCUAUUCGCCUGCUCACUUGUAAUGUGUUAGAAUUGCUUUUGCAAGCUGGAUGAGAACAGGUCAGCUGUUGAUGUGCCACAAAGAUUUGUGAGCUUUUAACUUUUGUUGUUUGAGUUGCAAGGCUUUGUUAGACUCCAUCAUAAUUUCCAGGAGUAUUGUUCUGCAUUUUGUCAACUUAAGUAAUAUUUUAAUCAAGAAAACAAAGGUUAAGUCUCUGCCAAGGCUGGUUGAAUGUGAAGUAUGCAUAUAUGCAAGUUUUUCACUAUUUUCUUCUUCCUUCUUAUAGUGGAUGACAGUGCCAUUUUGGAUUGUCAGUUCAGUGAAUUUUAUCACACUCCUCCAGCAGGGUUUGAAAAGAUACUCUUUGAGCAACAGAUUUUCUGAAUGUCCCUACUGAGGAUUUACUCCCUAGCACUUUCUACAAAACCUAUUCUUUUAAAGCUUCUCAUUAUUCCUAGGACACAAACUUGUAUUUAGUAAUGUUUAGGUGCUUGGGCUGGACAACCAUAUUACCAGAGAAGUAUGUUGCAAGUGUUAGAUUUGACUAUGGUUUUGUAACAUGGACAAUAUUUCCAUUUGAUGUAAAGGUAUGCAGUCCACUACACUGUGAUCCCUGUAUGCCCAUGAUGACACUGUUCAAUACAUUAGUGUUAUAUGCUGUUACAUUCUUAACAAGUCUGAGAAACCACACAACAAUUUAUGGAUUAAAAGUAUUGUCCACAGCAAGUGUUUCAUCUUUUUUUCUAGCAAGAGAUUUUAAUAAAAGUGUUCUUGUGUUAAAUUAGGGCAAAAUGCCGACUAUAAUAAGCGAAGCCAACCUCUCAUUUAAAGUCUGCUUACUGGAACAAGCAACUGUGGUGAAUAAAUUUUUUGAUAUUGUAAUAAAGCGUUUCUUUUGAACUCUUAAUUAGUUCUUUGGGGGAUAUUUCAUUUACCUCCCCCAGAAAAUAAUAAAAAAAAUUAUAGGUUGUUUUUUUCUCCUGUUUUUGUGAAUAUUUUAGGUUGAUUUUCUGUGUACUCAGAAUAUCAAGAAUUUUGUAAAGCUAAUACUAUAAAUCCAGAAAUCUGAAGCAUGUUGUACAUGGACUGCUACAUUAAAAUAAAUACUUUUUACCUCU